AUGCAUAAGUCCUUGGUCCAGACACCACCCCUCGACAUGUGGGAGGUUCUGGCUCUAGUUGAUGGAAUCAUCAGACUUGAAGAGGAAGAAUUUGCUCUGUCGAAGGGCAUCGCAGCAACCAUUUCAGCACCAAAGCACCCGUAUGAGAUUAUCCAAGGGCUAGGGACAAAUUUUCCAAAUGGAAGUCUCCGCAAUCAAGCUAGGACCAAUUCUCCCCCAGCCAAACUUACUGUUAGUCUGGCUAAACUUUUUCACGGAAACAAAGGAAAGACAUUACGUGAACCACCAAAGAAAUGA